UGUAUUAAGUCGUACAUUUUCCUCCAUAAAGAGUAUUUUUUUCUGAAUUUGUUAAUCGACUUGUGUGAAAAUGUGUGGGUGGAAAUUGAAAGAUUGUUGAUUUGCAUUUCAGUUUUAUGAAUAUUCUAUAGCUUAUUUCACAAUUGGCUUUGAGCUCUAGUUGCUUUUUCCAUAUUUUACGUUUGUAUUGAGUUUUUAAUUUUCCUAGGUACGGGUUUGUGUACUUCAAUGAAGAUGUGAACAUUCAGACGAUCAUUGAGCAACCAAUGAAUUUUGGGGGCCGGAAACUCAAGCUGGGCCCUGCCAUCAUGAAAGAAAGGAGCGCCAGAACCAUGCCACCCCGUCCGGUUGGCCCUGAUCCCUGGAUGAACCCCCCUCAGUACGUCUACUGCACCUGCUGCUCACCCAUGGGAGGGGGAAUGCCUCAACCUUCACCCAUCCUCAAUGGUGGAAGCCCCUACAGUCAGCCGUACUCCUACCCCAACUAUGGAGGGGUCGUGUACCCACAGAUGCCAAUGAACUAUGCACAGAACCCCUACACCUACCAGUACGCUUCCCCACACUGGAUGAUGGACCAGAGAGCACCGCCUGACAAUCAGAACUUUGUGGACAAUGGAGUCCAGACUAUGAUGACUGUGCUGUAGUCUGAGCUACUGAGCCCCCUGCCAGAUUACGCAGCUUUGGCCACAGUGAGACAAAUGCAGACAGGAUGACAUCUUGACGUUCCUGACGGCUGGAAGGAAUCGAAUGCCUCAUGGUUUUUCUUAUAGCCCUCCUCCCUUCUCUCAAUGUAUGAGACCCAUUUUAACACCACACUGUAGGAGCUCUCCACUGUAACUAUUCUUGUUUGAUCACAAUCAUUUUAAUCACACGGUAUGGACCGCUGUCGUGUGGUCAAACUGCGUUUUACACACACGGAUCACAGUGACAGUUGCACAGGAAGAAGCACCUCCACCAUAUAAAUGGGCUCACAUUCCUCUUCCUUUUUGUUUUCUUUUGUCGGUUAUCCCAAAGGAAAAAAACAUUGAAAAUACUUUUAAGCUCACCCUUUGUGACUAUUUAUAUUUUAUUUUUUUCUCUGUACAUAAACAGUAAGUUCAUAGAUGUAGAAAUGUCUUGAGAGGUUUCAGCUUUGGAGUAGAGGGCUACUUUCAAUCCAGUUCAAAUCUAAUGGUUCUAAAUUAAGAAAUGUAAUUAAUUGCAGUAUAAGGGCACUUGGUCAAUUAUUUCAAGCACUCACAUUUUGUUUAGUUUAGUUUGUGCUCUAUUCUGUUCAAAUGGGUGUCGGAUUGAGGCAAUAACUGAACAGCAAUUUAGAUUAUAGUUCCUAAUCAGUAUCACUGAUUUUCUGUCUUGGUCAAACGGCAGACUUUUCAAGUUGAUUAUCACAGCAUGGUUCGACACACAGAUCAUCUGUGUCGCAUUUCUCAACCAUCCCAUCCUCAAAUGGUUCCUGACGUUCACACUCAAGGACAAUCACGGCAUCAAUCUAUUUUUCCCAUUGUAUCCAACUUAUAUUUGGCAAUAUAAGUGGAGUGCGGUUUUAAUCCACUCUGAAAAUGAAGGACAUGAUGUAGAGUAAGGAGCUCUGUCUUUCUUAUACAAAAUGUUCACUGCAUGGUUCACUUUAUACUGUUUCUAUCUGGCUUUUAAUGGCGUUGCAGAUGAUAAAGUAUUUUACUGUAAUGACUGAUCAAUGAUUAUUUUUAUACAUUUAUUUUCCUUAAACUUUAUACACUAAAAGUGCAGCUUUGUAUGGUGGUGGAUGGACAUUUGGUAUUUGGUGCACAUAUUUUCUUUUCUAAUACCCAAGUUUUGUAUGGUCAUUAUCCUCAGGGUCUCCUGUGUGCAGACAUCUGAUUUUGUUUUGUUUUGUCCGAAGAGCUUAGGCACUGCGCUGUUAAGUUUGGUUAAAUGUUAAUGUUCAUGUUUGCAGAGUUUGGAUGUUUUUGCUAAAAAAAAUAAAGUAUGUUAUUUA